AUGGCCGAAGUACCGGAAGUUCCAGAAGUCCCCGCCUUUAAUCUAACGGAAUUAGACCAUAAGCUGCUGGCCAUGACCGACGAGGAGUUCGUAUACCACGACUGGGAAGAGCUAAAAGGCAUCAUCGGUAAGUGUGCCCUUAUCUCCAAAUCUGCCCUAGAAACACUUCCCCUCAUGCCACAUCCCGUAUUAGCGCGAAAUGAUCUCGGCGCUCUCAAGCGAAAGCCUUCCGAUCUCCGCCGAUACCUGGCCUGGACACAAGAGACCAAAACCCAAUAUGGCACGAUCAUGAAUUAUAUUUGCCAGCAACGAUUAAAGUGGCAUUUACCGGUAAACACUGCCAGCGGCAUUAACUCCGCAGUUAUCCAGCAAAGCGGAACCCCGGCGACCUUCAAAAACCCGCGUCCCUUUGCCGAUCCCCAGGACUACAAGAUCCUCCGCAAUGACUGGCCCUAUGGUCUCACCCCCGGAAUUUCACAUCUAGUUGUGUGGCUGCGCACUCCUAUCCCUGUACAAUCCGGCGAGGGCCAUUUGACCGAGGAAUCUCGUGCAAUGAUCAACAGUUUUGUUCGAAAGACUUUCGUGGACCGCUUGGCUAAGGAUCCUCAAAGCUUUUUGGAUCCUGACUCCCAUGUGCUGUGGUUUAAGAAUUGGGUUGGUUUACAGAGCGUGAGGGCAUUGGAACAUGUUCAUAUUUUGGUCCGUGAUGUCCCUGAGCAUAUAUUAUUCGAAUGGGUAAACGAGUGA